UCGAUCAGUUCUUCUUAAGGAUUCAGUGUAAUCGGACGUGUUGUUAAAAGUUUUUAUUAUUUUUAAGUUUUUUUUUGUUUAUGCUUUUGAAAUUGGUCACAUUUUCUUGUGGGCUUAGACCUUGAAAUAUUUGCAGUGGUUGCAAUCGAUGUGCAACUGACUUUCUGAAGAAAAAAUACAAAGAAAUAUUUCUUUUUAUCAAAAAGAAAAAUCCUUUCACAUUCAGAAGAGAUUUCGGUUUUCAGUGUCAUAAAGUCGCAUAGUACUGAACUUUUAGUCAGAGAAAGGAAUUGCUUAAGGUUUAAAACCGUGAAAAGAAGAAAUAAAAGUGACGGGUGUUCUUGUUCAACAACAUUAAAGAGAAUCUUGCAUCUUUAAAAAAAUAAAUGAAAUAAUUGAAGUGGAUUGAGAAUUUUACGUCGAGGACACAGACAAAUUGUACGUUAAGUGUUGUUGUACAAUCGCAUUCAUUAUCGAAAAUUUAGAAAGAUUAGCCCGAACAAUCGGAGAGUGUGGAUCGGAAAAAAACAUUCGUCGCUGUUGUAGUCAUCGCUUCAGCUCAUACCACGGAAUAAUAGAAAUCGGAUGUGGUUUUAGGAUUAAAUAAUAAACACAGCAUAAAAUAUAGAAUUUAAUAAAUUAACAUAGUACAUUCACUACGGUGGUCAAAGAAGUUAGCAAAAUUUAUCAAAAAUGGAAGUUCAGAAUAGUACGAGUGGAAUAGGUCGCUACUGGGAUUUUCUAUUCAUUGAAUUAGCAGAUCCUCGGACAAAUGAUUGGCCUUUAAUCAAAUCACCAAUGCCAGGCUUGACAAUCAUCGGUCUUUACCUAUACUUUAUCAAUUCUUGGGGGCCUCGGUUUAUGAAAGACCGCAAGCCAUUCCAGUUCAAAAACACGUUGAUUGUUUACAAUUUCCUUCAAGUGCUUGUCAGCGUUUAUCUUUUCACUGAGGGCAUGAAUGGAGGAUGGCUCAGACAUUAUAGUUGGAGAUGCCAGCCAGUCGAUACAUCAACAACGACAUUUGGAAUGAGAGAAGCACGCGGUUGUUAUGUUUAUUUCAUCGCCAAACUUACUGAACUUCUCGAUACGGUCUUCUUCGUUCUAAGAAAAAAAGACAAUCAAGUUUCGUUCUUACAUUUGUAUCAUCACACUGUCAUGCCAAUGAUUUCUUGGGGCUGUACAAAAUACUUCCCUGGAGGACAUGGCACUUUCAUUGGUGUCAUUAAUUCCUUCGUUCACAUCGUCAUGUACUUCUAUUAUAUGCUUGCUGCUAUGGGACCUGAAUUCCAAAAAUAUUUAUGGUGGAAACAUUGGAUCACCAACUUGCAAAUGAUUCAAUUCGGUAUGGCCUUCUUGCACUCUGCUCAAUUACUUUACACAGACUGCGGCUAUCCUCGUUGGUCCGUAUGCUUCACAAUGCCAAAUGCCAUCUUCUUCUAUAUGCUCUUUAAUGAUUUUUAUAAGAAAUCAUACAAGAAGAAAGGCAAAGCAGGAAAGGCCAAUGCAAAUGGAAAAAUUCAAAACAGCAAAUCUAAUGGACACAUCACACACGACAUAAAUCACAAUGUAACGGAUACGAAACCAAGUGAGAACAAGAAAGAGAAUUAAAUGUUCUGAAAGUCUUAUACUUUAGUGUUUAUUAUUUUUAAUUCAAACUGAGAGAAACGAAAACUACACUCAUCUUUAUCUUAUUAACUAACGUACAUAAAAACAUAGUUCUUUGAUUCAUGAACAGACUUAAAUACUUUCGUUUCAAUGAGACAACGUAAUAGAAUAAGAUUGAAUCGUCAGUUACUUAAGUGCUUGUCGUUCAAAAGCGAAACAAAAAAAAUAUAAAAGAAACUCAGAUUGCAUUUCUUCCAACAUUCAACAAUCUUCAAGGAUAACAUGGAAGCUCCGAUCAUCAACUUUGACAAAUUUAAACAGAAGACAUUCACAUUAAAAAAUUUAAAGAAUCAUUUAAUAACAAUGACAGAAACGAUCUACAAGUGCUUCUUAAGCUUCUCAAAAAUAUGUGCGAAUAUGAAAUGAAAACUGACCUUUUGUUUAAAAUUGCGUGAACAACGCUGAGUAAACAUUUUUAUUAAUGAAACGGUUUUUUUACUGUCAUGAUGAACUCGAUGUGCACUUUAAGCUUUUAAAUGUUAAUCGAGGCGAAUCGUGAAAUGCAAUUCCAAAUUUUCAUAUUCAUAAUUUCCGUAAUCCGCACUAUGGGAGUCUACGAAAUAUUCAAGACCACGUUUCUCAUUUUAUUAUGGAAUAAAAGUUUAUUUUAUUAUCAUAUGUUGAAACAUGCUAAUAUGUUAAAAAUAUACAACACACAAAAGAAAAAAAAACAGAAACUAAUUUAUAAAUAUGAAAAACAGAGAUUCAGUGUGAUACGAGAGAAGCAAGUGUGAAAAAUUUCAAUUUGUCAAUUAAUGAUGUAAUAGGAUUCCAAUAAAAAAAAAGUGUUAUCUUUCUCCUUCCUCUUUAUUUUCUUGUGGAAUACUUCAAAGCAAAUAAAAUCUGGCGGAUAUUUAUUGUCAGGAACAUGUCAUACAUCUGCUUAUCUACUUAAGAAAGAAGUUUUCAGCAAAUAAAAAUGCACCAGAAGUAAUUAUGCAGAAGACUCCAUUGAUGAAUCUCAGUUAUCUAAAAUAUAUAAUUAAAAAUCAUUCAAUCGCUAUUUUUUUAAAAAGAAACAAAAUGUAAACAACCGCCCGUUCUAUAAUUUUUUUCCCCCGAAAUCAAAACUUACCAUAGAAAGAAAAGCUUCCAAAACAAAAAUAAAAUGCAAGUCAUUGGCUUUGUGUGGUCGCUUACUUUUAUUCUGGUGAGUUUUAUUUUCUUGUAAAGUCAAAUACCUCUCUGUUAAUAAAUUUUCAUAACGUUUCUUCGACAUUUCAUUUCACUCGUGGGUAUAACGCGCAAUAAAAGUAAAUAAUCAACCUUUUCGGAGAUUUUGAACUCGUCGCACGUGUGAUCCUAACGAAGAUAAAAAAAAGUUAAUUCAAACUCGAAUCUAAGUUUCAUGUCUCUCUUCAGACAAAUCUAAAUAAAUGUUGAAGUCUGUGCAAUAAGUUUAUGGACUACGAUCAUAAACAUUUUGCCUUGUUUAUUUUUAAUCUUUCCAAUCUUUUGGUAAAUGCAAGACGUAUAAUGAAGUCGAAGCAAUCAAGUAAUUAUAAAAAUAUUAAAAUAUCUAGAUUGUAAGUGUUCGUGGCAUUUGUAAACAAAAAGAAAGCAGUGUACAUAUAAUUAAAAUUAAAUUGAACUCUGCUAAUGGCCAAGACAAAAUAAAUACCGAAUGCAUACCUAAAUACAUUUUUCUUGUGUAGGACUUUUACUUGCCUCUUAGAACUUAUAAAUUUUAUGACAAAAAAAUAAAAUGAAAUAUAAAAAUUUGAAUAAAAAUAUAAAAAUUAUUAAAAAAAUGAGAAAAUUGUUUGAAACUAUUUUCUAAAUAUUUACAGA